AUGGAGAAACCCGUCGAGCUCAUGGGCCACAUCAACCCAGAUGUUGCCCCUCUGCAACAGAAGCAACAUGUCUUCAACCCCGGCUACGGCGUGGCAGCCGAGGAAGUCUCCGAUGGCAGCAUUCACGCCCAGGAGAAGUCGUUCGAGAAGACGACAGCCUACAUCGGCGAGACCGAGGACACCAUCAUGGACGAGGAGCCUCACUUGGACCCUUACGUUCCGUUUGACGAUCUGCCCGAAGAGCGUCGCGUGGUCCUUACUGUUCGUGCGGUCAUCUUGGGUGCUAUCUGCGGUGCACUCGUCGGUGCUUCGAACAUCUACCUUGGUCUCAAGAGUGGUUGGACAUUCACAGCCAACUUGCUUGGUGCCAUCAUUGGCUUCGCCGUCAUCAAGCCACUCUCCAGAGCGAUCCCCGAAUACGUACCGAUUUUGGGAGGAUCUUUCGGCCCUCGCGAGAACAACAUCGUCCAAACGGUCGCCACUGCUGCAGGUGGUCUUGGUAAUGUCUUCGUCGGCGGUAUCCCCGCUCUUUACAAACUCAACCUGCUGUCGACUCCCAAGGAAGAUUUUGCGCGCCUCGUCACAUUGACCAUCGUUGGUGGAUACUUUGGUUUCGCUUUCGGCGCCCCUCUCCGAAAGUUCUUCAUCAUCUACGUUGCACGCGAGCUUCGCCUGGUCUUCCCGACUGCCUCUGCGACUGCCAUGACCAUUCGCAGCAUGCAUCUCGCCACCACUGGUGAGGCUCUCGCCAAGAUGAAGCUCUACGCCCUUUCCGCUGCGUUCUCGGGAGCUUUCAUUCUCCGCAUCGUUUCUCAGUACGCUCUCGGUAUCCUCUGGGACUGGCACUUUUUCACCUGGAUCUACAUCUGGUCUGGCUACUCCAGCACCACUGCGUUGGACAUCGAGAACUGGGGAUGGUACCUUGAGUUUACCCCUGCCUUCAUUGGCUCUGGCAUGCUCGUUGGUCUUAACCCUGCUAUUUCUUUCUUCGGUGGCUCCGUGCUUUCAUGGGCCAUCAUCGGUCCUGCGCUCAUUGCCCAAAAGAUGGCCUUCGCUGGUCACCCCUAUGGUGAUGCGACUGACCCCGAAUCAUACGAUCCUCAGUGGUCUAGCUACAGCGUCUAUUUCUCGCUGAGCAAGACUUUUACCAAGCCUGACCACCCGUCACCGCGAUACUGGCUUCUGUGGCCUGGUAUUAUGUUGAUGAUCGUCGUGUCUUUCGUCGAGCUUGCGCUUCAGUACAAGGUCUUCUUGCACGUAUGCAGGGCUAUUGGUCGCGGCACAUCUCAGUCCAUCAGCGCUGCCCUCGCCAAGCGCGGCAAGUCCUCUGCAUUCUUCGAAAAACAUGCCAACAAGGAAUUCGCCUCAGAGGACGAGCUCGUCCAGGAUCCCGCAGCUGAAGAAGAUCAGGUCACAUGGUGGAUGUGGGCCCCUCUUCUGUUGAUGUCAAUCAUCGGCUUCUGCCUUGUCCUCGGCGUCCAGUUCGGCAUGCCCGUUGGCGAGUCUCUUCUCUGCGUCAUCCUCGCCUUCUUCUUCUCUUUCCUCGCCAUCCAGUGCACUGGUGUCACCGACAUUACCCCAUUGACUGCUGCCGCCAAAGCCUCCCAGAUUGUUCUCGGUGGCGCCACCAAGGGUCAGGGUUGGGAUGCUCCUUACGCACAGCGUCUCAACCUCCUCGGUGGUAGCUUGGCUUCCAUGGGCGCUGAGCAGGCUACCAACUUAGUCGUCGACUAUCGUGUCGGUUUCUUGCUCCGCACUCCGCCGAAACAGCAAUGGUGGGCCCAGGCCAUCGGCACUAUCGUCUGUGUCGUCCUGUCACCGGCUCUCUUCAUCCUGUUCACACAGGCCUACCCAUGCAUCAUCUCCAACGAUCCCAACGCAAAGUGUCCUUUCCAGGCGCCAUCUGUUGGAGCAUGGAAGGCGGUUGCUGAAGCUAUGACUGAUCCGACUUUCCCUGUCCCAAGCUCUUCGGGCAUCUUCGCUCUCGUCUUUGGUAUUUUCGGUGGUGUUAUGGUUCUCAUCCGACACUACGGAUACCGCGGCAAAUGGGCCAAGCUUCGCGACUACCACCCCAACAUGAUGUGCAUCGGUCUCGCCAUGGUCGUUCCUCAGACUGUCUACGGCACUGCCAUGUUGAUGGGUGCCGUGGUAGCCUACCUCUGGAGCAAGCGCAGCGCCAAACACUUUGACACCUAUGGUUUCGCUGUCGCCGCAGGUCUCAUUGCCGGCGAGGGUAUUGGCGGUGUCGUCAACGCCAUCUUCCAGAUCGCCGGCAUUGCUGGACCUGACCCAUACGGUACGCAAAUCGCGUGCCCGGUCAACGAAUGUUAA